AUGCCACCGACCGAAAGUCAACCAGAUGCCGCUCAGCGCAUGUACACUGAACGAGCAACCAACUAUGAGGAUUCUUGGCACCCCGACUACAGCAAGCGAUUCAUGGAACUUGUUCCCAUUAAACCCGGCGAUCGCGUUCUCGACCUCGCAUGUGGAACUGGCCUGGAGGCUGUCAUUGCAGCAAGGCACGUCGGCGAUGACGGGAUUGUCGUCGGUGUCGACAUAACUGAAGCGAUGCUCUCGGAAGCACGCAAGAAACUGGAUCGCGACGAAACAUUGCAUCGUCGUAUGAAACUCGUGCGACACAGCGUCACGGACUUGACUGGUUGUCCAAAUGUAGACAGGGACAGCUUUGAUCUCAUUCUAUGCUCAAAUGCCUUUGUUCUGUUCGAAAACCCAGAGGAAGUUGUCGCUCACUGGCGAGAGUAUCUCAAGCCAGGCGGCAGAAUUGCCAUCGACAUCACUCAUGAGUAUAAUCUUCGCUCGGGCCUGCUAUUAGAGAAAGUCGCUCGCCGAUUGGGCAUGCCAUUCCCCUCCAACCGAAGUUGGAUCAAGUCCAAAGAGUCUUUUAGUCAGAUAUUGGAAAGUUGUGGGUUUGUGGUUGAAAGGGUUGUGACUUUGGAAAAGAUUGUUGGACUUGGCUCGACGUAUUUCGGUCUUGACAAGGCAGAUGAGCAGUUUGACUACGUUGUCAAUGGCCCUCUGACUGCCUCGAUUGUAACGGAAGAGUUGAGAGUCAAGGGGAGAGAAUAUUUCAAAGAAGAGUGGCACAAUGCUGCAGUCGAUGGUGAGGUUGAGGUAUCUGAUAUUCUCUACGUCUAUAUCGCCAGGAAGGUUUGA